UUUGGCAAUGUCAGAGCGAGAAGAAGGAGGAAGAGGAAGAGGAAGAGGAGGAGGGCAAGGUCUUUCUUCCUUCCUCUUUCGUCUUUCUUCUGUGGCACUUCUUCUGACCUCCUCAUUCUUUCUCUCUGCGCAGAAGAUCGGGCUUGGCAUGAGUGUGUAGAAGUCCUCAAUAUUGUGCUAUUCUUGCCUUUGGGACCUCUUGCCUUUGAUUUCUCCAUCGCUCACUCCAUCCUGGACUUCUCUUCUCAAGAGGAACAACAACCAGAAUCCCUUUGAGACCAUGUUCUCCGGAGAACUGCACAUCCCAGGACGCCUUGGUCCUUGCUGACCAUAUCAUCUCCAAGUUCGACCAACAAGAAAAGCCGAUUCCGGGAAUUUGAUUGGCAAGCUCCAAGCCGGACGCCGACGAGACCCGGAGUCUUUCAAAGGCCCUGUCGGUGGCCCCAUCGGUCUCGGCGAUGCAGAGCAUCAAGUGUGUGGUGGUGGGAGACGGGGCGGUGGGCAAGACCUGCCUGCUGAUCUGCUACACCACCAACGCCUUCCCCAGCGAGUACAUCCCCACGGUCUUCGACAACUACAGCGCCCAGAACACGGUGGACGGCCGGACGGUCAGCCUGAACCUGUGGGACACAGCCGGGCAGGAGGAGUACGACCGGCUGCGGACCCUGUCCUACCCGCAGACCAACGUCUUCGUGGUCUGCUUCUCCAUCGCCAGCCCCUCCUCCUACGAGAACGUCAAGCACAAGUGGUACCCGGAGGUCUGCCACCACUGCCCCGACGUGCCCAUCCUGCUGGUGGGCACCAAGAAGGACCUGCGGGGCGACGCCGAGACCCUCCGGAAGCUCAAGGAGCAGAGCCAGGCGCCCGUCACCCCCCAGCAGGGCAUGGCCCUCGCCAAGCAGAUCCAGGCCGUCAAGUACAUGGAGUGCUCCGCCCUCAGGCAGGAGGGCAUCAAGGACGUCUUCUCCGAGGCCGUCCGCGCCGUCUUCAACCCGGCCCCCGCCAAGCCCAAGAAGCCCUGCCGGCUCUUGUGAGGAGGAGGGGGCACCAGAGGCCAUCCGGACCACCCUCCGGGGAGUGGGUUUCACAGAAGUGGGAGGGAUCUCCACCAACCCUACUGGACUGUAUUCCAGUAGGAUUGAACGGACCUCCAAAGGUCAUCUGGGCCAACUCUCUUCAGCCAAGCAGGAUACAAUCUAAGCCCUCCCGACAGAUGGCCAUCCCAGGUGGACUGUAUUCCAGUAGGGUUGGAUGGACCUCCAAAGAUCAUCUGGUCCAACUCUCUUCAAAAUCCAAGCCCUCCUGACAGAUGGCCAUCCCAGAUGGACUGUAUUCCAGUAGGGUUGAAGGGACCUCCAAAGGUCAUCUGGUCCAACUCUCUUUACAAUCCAAGCCCUCCUGACAGAUGUCCAUCCCAGGUGUACGUAUUCCAGGAGGGUUGAAGGGACCUCCAAAGGUCAUCUGGUCCAACUGUCUUCAGCCAAGCAGGACACAAUCCAAGCCCUCCCGACAGAUGGCCAUCCCAGGUGGACUGUCCUCCCGACAGAUGGCCAUCCCAUGUGGAUUGUAUUCCAGUAGUGUUGGAUGGACCUCCAAAGGUCAUCUGGCCCAACUCUCUUCAGCCAAGCAGGACACGAUCAAAGCCCUCCUGACAGGUGGCCAUCCCAGGUGGAUUGUAUUCCAGUAGGGUUGAAGGGACCUCCAAAGGUCAUCUGGUCCAACCCUCUUCUGCUAGGAAGGAGGACACAAUCCAAGACCUCCCGACAGAUGGCCAUCCCAGGUGGACUGUAUUCCAGUAGGCUGAUGGGACCCCAAAAGGCCACCCAGUCCAACUCUAUUCUUCCAGAGAGGACACAAUCCAAGCCCUCCUGAUAGAUGGCCACCUAGCCUCUGCUUAAAAAUUCCACCAGACUCCCAGGCAGACUGUGUUCUAGUAGAGUUGAAGGGACUUCCAAAGACCAUUCGGUCCAACUUCACUCUGCUAGACAGACACAACCCAAGCCCUCCCGACAGAUGACCACCCGACCUCUGAUUAAAGGCCUCCAGAGAAGGAGACUCCAAGAUGUAGUAUAAUCCACUGCUGAAGAUGGAUUCAUGCUUUCCAGAACCGUCACCAUUUCCAGCUUGUUCUAGCUUGUCAGUCUCCUUGACUUGCUUUGCCCGGAACUGGACACAGGGUCAUUCCAGGGCACAUCUUAUCCAUCCAGACACUAACUAGACUCUUUCUGGUGCAGUCUAGAAUGGCAUUGUUUUUCCUUGCUGCUGCAUCACACCGUUGGCUCAUGUUCAGCUUGUGGUCUACUAACUGCUUUCCUUGACUUCUGAGCUUUGACGGGUGUGCAUUUGCCUUCUUGGGCAUCUUCAAAAUACCUGAGAGACCUUCUAUCAAUACGCAGCAAAUUAUGGACCUUGAUUUGUGCCUCUGUGGCUUCCAGUCCCCAGUUGACUUAUGGGGACCCCAUGAAUGUUGGGGUUUUUCAUUAAUAUCCCUUUAUUGCAACUCACUGCCUUGUCCCUCUUUCUCUUUAUGGCCCCAAACCUUCAGGGUCUCUAUCCAAUCAGACACUAGAAGCAAGGAGAUCGUUCAACAGGUUUAUUUGGCCAAAACACCCUGCCGGGUGAACAAGUGCCAGCUGGCAUUUUCCCACUCUAAUCUCCCUUCACCUUACAAUGUUUGGCACUCCAUCCAAGGGCCAACCAGGCUUAGUUCUGCUUAGCCACAAAAGUCAGACAUUAUCCAGCGCCUUCAGGGCAUUGUUUGGCCUUUAUUUACUUCGGGAAGUUGCUCUGUCUCCCUUUGUUCAAGAGCUGCAAAUCCUUUUCUCUCUACAGCUUAAUUUUGAUUUAAUUCCUUCUCUUCUGCAGAGGAUAUUCAGGGUUUGGGUUGGGGGGCAAUGUCCAGCUUAUGGUAAUUAAAAUUUAAAAACUGUAA